GUUUUGAAUGAAUUGUUAGGAACAAAGUCUGGACCGUAUUUAACUCAGGUGAAAUACUUACCACUGAAUUCCGACAGUCUGCUCCAGGAGAAGGUGAUUCGUAUUGCAUUCCAUUCUGAUAACAAAUUUACCGUGCAUGGCUGUAGCAGGACACAAGAUGAAGGUAUUAUCACUGUACAAACAGUUGCUUCGUGCAUCACAAAAGUUUGAUUCAUACAACUAUCGUAUGUAUGCGCUGCGCCGGAUUCGUGAUGCAUUUAGGGAAAAUAAGUCAUUGGCGGACAAUACUACCAUUGCCAAUGAGCUAGCAUUUGCACAGAAAAAUCUAGAAAUUAUCCAAAGACAGACCAUAGUUGGACAUCUAUAUCGGGCGCCUAUCAAAUUGGUGAUAGAAAAAUAGUUCGAGUUCAACAUUGCAAUUCGACAUCUGGAAGACUAGUUAUUCAUUAAACAUUGCUAUCUAAUGCUUUAAAUACCGAUGGGGCAAUUGGAAGAAUCACAUGUUUGCGGAUAUUUACACUACCAAAUAUGAACUAUACGCUUUAGAUCCAUGUUUCUGUUGUAAAGGUGCUUAAACGUUCUUUUUACCUAAUCAAACGAAUGCAUUCAAAUCAAUGGCACGAUUUAGAAGGCAUAAUAGCUCAAAAUACAUUGUGGAAAAGAACAUAAUUUGAGACUGUAUUUUAAAUACAAGCCAUGGAACCUGUUACAACUGUCAAAUACAGUUAUGUGUAAAAAGAAAUAAAAAUAUGAUGUUGAAAAAUCGGAUAUUUCAUUUUCAAACGUAAAAUUGUUUGUACAUUAUAUUUUGAAUUUUCUUUUGGAUCCUUAGCUACAGGAUAAAUUUCACUAAACUACAAUCGAGAUAAGAAUCAUUAAUGGUACAAUAAGCGUUGUUGUAUUUUAAGGUUUAUUUAUUUAAAAAAUCUGGCGACUACCAGACUUUUUUCCUUCUAGUUAAACGAAAAUAUGAAACAGUUUAUUUGAUUUCUACUAUAUUUCAU